UGAACAGACUCGCACGGCUCCAGCACGUCUUGCUAACCUAAUUCAGAAAACAAGUGCUGAGGCUCUCUGCCUGUCAUCUUCGCUCACUGUAGCAGUUUCAGGUGAUCCAGGAAACUCGGUUAUUUUUAUGAGCAAGUAAGAGAAACAGGAAUCAUGACGGGCAUGUAUUUAACAGACCCAGUACUGGAUAAAACUUAAAGCCAGUUACUAUUCAACAUAGUGAAAAGGUCACCUUGCCUGGCUAAGAAAAGAAGCAAAAUAUCAGCUUGUUGGUUUCUGUGAACGUCUUAGCUCAUGCCAGCCUCCUUUCCUUGAUGUUCGUACCAUCUCGGGAUAUCUAACUCUAAAGAGACAUCCUGUACUCAUGGUAGAUGACAAGGAAAAGAACAUGAAAUGUCUCACCUUCUUCUUGAUGCUUCCAGAGACGGUAAAGAACAGGUCCAAGAAGAGCUCGAAGAAAACAAAUACCAGCAGUAGCAGCAGUAGCAGCAGCAGCAGCAGCAGCAGCAGCAGCAUCAGCAAGUUGUCUCCAGUUUGUUAUGAAAUAAUUACCUUGAAGACUAAAAAGAAGAAGAUGGCUGCUGAUAUAUUUCCCCGCAAAAAGCCAGCCAACUCCAGCAGCACCACUGUCCAGCAGUACCACCAGCAGAACCUCAGUAACAACAACCUUAUUCCGGCCCCGAAUUGGCAGGGUCUUUAUCCUACCAUCAGGGAAAGAAAUGCGGUGAUGUUCAAUAAUGAUUUGAUGGCAGAUGUACAUUUUGUGGUUGGGCCACCAGGUGGGACUCAGCGGUUGCCAGGACACAAAUACGUCUUAGCUGUUGGGAGCUCUGUGUUCCAUGCAAUGUUUUACGGAGAACUUGCUGAGGACAAAGAUGAAAUCCGUAUACCAGAUGUCGAACCUGCUGCUUUUCUCGCAAUGCUGAAAUAUAUCUAUUGUGAUGAAAUUGACUUGGCUGCUGACACGGUGCUGGCUACUCUUUAUGCUGCCAAAAAGUACAUUGUCCCUCACCUUGCCAGAGCCUGUGUUAAUUUCCUGGAGACCAGCCUGAGUGCCAAGAACGCCUGUGUGCUCCUCUCCCAGAGCUGCUUGUUCGAGGAGCCAGACCUGACCCAGCGUUGCUGGGAGGUGAUCGACGCCCAGGCUGAGCUAGCUCUUAAGUCUGAGGGAUUCUGCGACAUCGACUUCCAGACACUGGAAAGUAUCCUCCGCAGGGAAACUCUGAAUGCCAAAGAAAUCGUCGUUUUUGAGGCAGCUCUCAACUGGGCUGAAGUAGAAUGCCAGAGGCAAGAUCUAGCUCUGAGCAUUGAAAAUAAACGCAAGGUCCUCGGAAAGGCACUUUACUUGAUCCGAAUACCUACAAUGGCUCUGGAUGAUUUUGCAAAUGGUGCUGCACAGUCCGGAGUUCUAACUCUCAAUGAGACCAAUGAUAUCUUCCUCUGGUACACUGCGGCCAAAAAGCCCGAGCUGCAGUUUGUGAGUAAAGCCCGCAAGGGCCUUGUCCCCCAGCGCUGUCACCGUUUCCAGUCCUGUGCUUAUCGGAGCAACCAGUGGCGCUAUCGGGGCCGCUGUGACAGCAUCCAGUUUGCAGUGGAUAAGAGAGUGUUCAUCGCGGGCUUUGGGCUGUAUGGCUCCAGCUGUGGCUCUGCGGAGUACAGUGCCAAGAUCGAACUCAAACGGCAGGGCGUUGUCCUGGGGCAGAACUUGAGCAAGUACUUCUCGGAUGGCUCCAGCAAUACCUUCCCUGUGUGGUUUGAGUAUCCGGUGCAGAUUGAGCCAGACACCUUCUACACAGCCAGCGUGAUACUGGACGGCAAUGAACUCAGCUACUUCGGACAGGAAGGCAUGACAGAGGUUCAGUGUGGCAAAGUGACUGUCCAGUUUCAGUGCUCCUCAGAUAGCACCAAUGGCACUGGGGUACAGGGAGGGCAGAUUCCUGAACUUAUAUUCUAUGCUUGAAAACACCUCCUGAAGCAGAGUGGGCUCUGAGGUGCACAUCUGGUUCCUACUUGCUUGAUGCUUAGCUCAUCUGCAGAUAUAUGAUCUGCGCAGGUAAUUUGUAAUGAAUGAAGCUGUAGGCAGUUUCUAAUUUCUUUCAACCUUUUAAUUAUGUACAGGCAAAAAUGCAGCAUUCGGCUUUUAACUCUAUGCUUCAAAGAGCCAAGUUCUUAUUAGGGCUUUGUGGUUUUUAGAAUUGCAUUUGUCUGUGCAGCUGGGGAGAAUGUGUGCUCUUUUCCAACUGCCCCAUUGACCUCCCAGUGUUGUCCCUAUUAAGAAAAUUUUUUAAUCACCUCAAAUUUCCUUCAGGGCUUUAUUUUGACAAAUAGAAGUAAAUAGUCUAAAAUAAUAAUGACAAGAGUUAUUUUUAAACAGAACACCCCGCCCCCCCCCAAAAAAAAAAGAAACAGAUAAACCUCAGUGUACAAUUUUGAAAGAAGUUUUGUUUCAUAAUAAGUAAUAAUUUAGAAAGUAGACAGUAAUCAUGUUUAGCUCUUAUUUUAUUUUCCUUUUAAAUAUUUUACUUCUGGGAAUGGCUUUUUCUUAAAUCCUACAUUCAUAAGAUUGUUACAUAUUAAACACUGCGAAGUGUCAGUGUAGGGAGUGAAAAUAAGGAUUUGGAUGAUUGUUUAGACCAUGGCUUCUGCUACAAGCAGAUUUGCUCUAUAGAUUAGAAGGCAAAGUAUUGCAGUACAGACACUUUUUAGAAGUAACUAAAUUAUAAAGUUUUGUCAUUAGAAAAGAGUUGCAGGCCUAUUAUUUUAAACUAGAACAUUUUAGAAAGGAAACCUAAAAAAGUCCCAUACUACAAAUGGAUUAAUUGAUGGCACAAUAAAAUGCACAGUUUGAAAAAGUCAGACACUUUUCUCCCCACUUAGCUUCUGAUCCCUACCAUUUGCUUGUUUUCCAGGUCGUAUUGUAUAUAUUCCUAUUCCCUUUUUUUAUGAAAAGAGGACCAAACAAUUCCUUAGAUGAAUGAAAAACAAUUAGUUUUGUAGCACUACAUGUUCCUAUAGUGAUACCUUCAUUCAUUGAUUUUUUUUUUAAAUCUAAAAUAUACUUUCCCUGUUUUACUUUGAUCACAUGCUACCUUCUUAGUUAAUUAUAAUUCUGUCUUGUUCCUGGAAUGCUAGAAUCUGGCCUCUGGCCAUCUUAAAGUGCCAAUAUAUUCCUGCAGGGUUUUAAAAAAAUGGUCUGGAGCGAUGCACCUGAUCAGGCCUAAUAGUCACUGCAUCAUCAUCAUCACAUCCAGCUCUCUUAUUUGUCCCUGGGUAAUGUAAACAAAGGAGGGAAAAGCUUAUCAAAAAAUUCUCCUUCAGUGAUGGCUUGUAAUGGUUGAGUGCCCGUGACCCUGGUAGUGUCCAGUGUGUUCACUUCCAGUUGAAGUAUCUAUGUGUUUCUGGGCAGCUUUUCUGCUCAGUGUGAUCCUGAGAUGGCUUCCCUUGCCACCCAGAGUGUGGUCCCUGGCCACCUCCUUCUCCUGCUCUGCGAGCCUGAAGCUGGCUUGUCUGGAGCCAGGGGUUAGUCCUGGGGUGGGUGUGUGUGCGUGGGCACCCAUGUGCAUGCAGGUUGUUGCCGACUCAGGAAUUGUCUCCUCCCUGCCUGGCCAGUGAGAGGUGGGACAGAAAUGUUCCCCCUGCUGGCCCCAGCAAGGCCCCAGUCAGUGACUGCCCUUACCAUAUUCACUGUGUUUCUGGGCCACUUCUUCCCCUGUAGACAAGGGCUUGCUGCUUUUGGCCGGCUUUCCUGAUGGAGGAAAACACUGGAUCAUGGGAAGUGUUUUAAUUGUCUUUGCCAUUACCUAUGUCUGUUAGCAUAGAUGACCAAAAGCUGUUACUGGUGAUUAUAAAUGAGUACUCCCAGGACAACUUUCCAAAAUUAUCUAAAAAUUAUUUCUUACUAGAGAAAUAACAGAUAGUAGUGUUGGCAAAGUAUCUAUGAAAUGAACAUACAUUUUCAAUUUAAAAAAUACUUGUACAAAUGGUUUUUUAAAUAAUUAUUAUUAAACAUUUCAGGAAUUCAUAGCUACCGUGCAAAUUGGUAGACUAUAUAUACCUGAUUACAAGGCACCCAUUUUUAAGCCAGAGGAGAAGAAACUUUGUUUAUUACUAAGUUCAUCAUAUCAGAUUGUGAGGUGGGUGUGACAACCUUAGAGUGAAGAUUGUUCAUUCCAUAACACUCACUGUCCAUGCUCCUGUUAGCUAGCUGCCCUCCAUGUGAACUCCCCAUGAGAUCCUGUACACUGAGUGCAGAAGAAACUAAUUGUAUGAUCGUUACUGUUACUUAAAGAAAAGACACACUUACCACCUGAUUGGCUGGUGACGAGAGCUGUGGGUUAAAUUUGAAAAUUGUAUUUAGAAUAAAUUUUAAAUCCUAGUCUCCCUUCUGCAUUUUGAGCAACAUGGAAUGAAGGCUAAUGUGCUUGCUUUAUUUUCUUUGGUAAUCUUAAAUUUUGUAGCUUUUAAAAGUAGAAACUAUUGUUCUGACAAGGCAGGCAACUCUAGUGUAUAAACACAAUUUUAUUAAAAUAUUCUGUAAAUGCUUUUUCCAAUGUACCUGGCAGUCUUUGCUGUUAUUCAUACUGGGGAUAAUGGGGAACUAGGCUAGCAGCUCUAAUGUAACAUUCUUUAAGCAUAUCUUAAUAUAGUAUUUAAGUAAAUGGUCUCAUUUCUAUAUAAUUAUUGCACUGAACUGUCUUUUUUGUUUUUUAAGUGUUGAAAUAAGCUUGACUAAUUCAAGUCACUAGCCAUUUGUGCAUCAGAGUGCUUGAAUUUAGUAGCUUACAGCAUUAUUUAUGAAGGAAAAUAUAUAAAUAUGAAGUACCUCAUGUUGAAUGUUAUUGUACUGUAUUUUUAAUGUAACAGUGCAGAUCUUGUUAGACACAUGAAUGUGUAUAAUCAUGUUAAAUGCAAAUAAAAAUAAAACUGAUUCAUA